AUGGAGUCGCAAAUGCAAAUCGACACCCACCAAUUCACCAACUUUGGCGCGUGGUCGUCUGUUGAGGACGACCAACUCCUCCGCGCCGUCGAAAAGUUUGGGCAGAAGAAUUGGAAGAAGAUCGAGAUCUUCGUAGUCGGGCGGAAUCGAAAGCAGUGCAGAGAGCGGUACUUCAACUCGCUGAUGUUCAGAAAACAAAACAAUCGACCGUGGAUGAAGCAAGAAGAUGAUGUUAUUAUGCAAAUGUUACGUACGGUUGGUAAUAAGUGGACGUUAAUAAGUAAACAACUCGAAGGUCGGAGUGGUAACGAUGUGAAAAACCGGUACUUCGGAAGUUUAAAGCGAAAGAUGUUCACAAAGCCAAAAAAUGACGUUGAAGAUUCUUCUGAGUCAAUUUGCCUCACCGCAUUCACUCCCGUCGAUCCCGCACUUUUCUCUGUAAUUUAA